CUUUAUCUUUGCACUUUCAGGCUAGAAAUCCACUUCUUUCCCCCAUAUUUCCAUCAUGGAGAAAUACCAUGUUUUGGAGGUGAUUGGAGAAGGCUCCUUUGGAAGGGUAUAUAAGGGACGUCGCAAAUACAGCGCACAGGUGGUGGCCUUGAAGUUUAUCCCCAAAGUGGGUCGAUCGCAGAAAGAGCUGAAGAAUUUGCAGCGAGAGAUUGAGAUAAUGAGGGGGCUUCAUCAUCCCAACAUCGUGCAAAUGCUUGACAGUUUUGAGACUGACAAAGAGGUGGUGGUAGUAACAGAUUAUGCCGAAGGGGAGCUUUUCCAGAUCCUUGAAGAUGAUGGGAACCUGCCUGAGGAACAGGUGCGGGACAUUGCAUCUCAGCUAGUUUCAGCACUCUAUUAUCUGCAUUCGCAUCGCAUCCUACACCGGGAUAUGAAACCUCAGAAUAUCCUGCUGGGGAAGGGGGGUGUGAUCAAGCUGUGUGACUUCGGGUUUGCUCGUGCGAUGAGCAUCCACACCAUGGUGCUGACAUCUAUUAAGGGAACUCCGCUGUACAUGUCCCCUGAGCUUGUGGAGGAGAAGCCCUACGACCACACGGCUGACCUCUGGUCAGUAGGCUGCAUUCUGUAUGAACUGUAUGUGGGGACGCCGCCCUUCUACACCAACAGCAUUUUCCAGUUGGUCAGCCUGAUUAUCAAGGACCCCAUCAAAUGGUCUAAAAACAUGAGCCCCCACUUCAAGAACUUCUUGCAAGGCCUGCUGAUGAAGGAUCCUCGUCAGCGCCUGUCCUGGCCAGAGCUCCUCUACCAUCCUUUCAUUGCUGGGUUGGUCACUGUGAUUGAUGACACAGUGGAGCAAGGCAUUGCCAAUCCUUUCACCAGCAAACUACCUCCUGAACUGCAGGCCUUGAAAGAACAGCAGACACAUUCGCUGGCCCCUCACAGCGGCCAAUCAAAAAUCCUGAGGAAAGCACGGCAGAAGAUGGCCCAGGAAGCCCGGAAAAAAGAACUUGUGAAAAACAAAACUCUGUCUAAGGGAGAAAGCACCAAAGGAGCCCAGGGCCACCUACACAAAAGUCACCUUGGUCAGAUAUCUACCAAGCAAGGGAAAACAACUGCCAACACUGGAGAACAGAGGGACCCUUCUCUGGAUGAAACGAGAACAGAGUGGGAGCAAAGAGAACCAUCCCCCACACCUCGAGAGAACCGGAUCACGCAGGAUUAUGAAAAGGAGUUUCUGGAAGUGAGACCUGAAAGCGGCAAAGUAAAGACACGAGGCAGACGUAGCAUUGAUACUGUAGAUUUGGAGACAGAGGAGUUGGAUAGCGAUGAGGAGUGGCAACACCUGAUGGAUGCCACAGAUCCUGCACAUGUACAGCUGAAUGUCCCACUGAGUCUUCUGGGGGACAUCACCUUUGUGCAGCGCAUCUGCGCUCGGCUCAGAGCUUCUGGUCAGCAAGUCCUGGAGGGGAUGCUCGAAGGAGCAUCUAAACUUCGUCCUGCUCUCCGUGUCAUUGGCAAUUUGCUAGGUACCCGCUGUGACUCCGAGCUGUUGUAUACCUUCUGCAGUGACAUAGGACUGCCCCACUUCCUCAUGCAGUUAGCGGGAAGCAUCUCAGAGAGUUUCAACGUUAAGCAGCAGCCCUGGUAUGUCACACUGCUAAUAGACCUAAUCGCUGUGAUGUCAGCCUACUUUGUCAGCGAUUUCAACCGAGAACGGGGUGGAAAAACGCAAAGUCUUCAGGCAUUCCAUAGUUCUGCUAGUCAGUUUUUAGCCUUGCUUCCGAAACUGCUGACUCAGCCCACAGAUCAAGAGUUUAGACUGCAAGAGCAGAGUCUCAAGUGCUUUACUUGCUUGUGUGAAAGCAUGGAUGUCGCCUGUCCCUCCGUCUCCAUCCCCUUCUACAACAGCUUGUUUGAGGAUCAUCGGCUUCUGUUGGAUGCCCUCUGCCAUGGUGCCAGCUUUGAACAACCUGCCCUAAAAGGGUCACCGAAGGAGGCAAAGUCAGCGCAGGGACAGAAUGAAUGCCUGGCAGCAGCAUUUACAACAGCUCUAGCUGCAUCCUGUGGCAUCCCAGGAGGGCAUGACACAUGUCAUAAAGCCAAAAAGCAGAUCUCCCAGCGAAUAGCUGAGAAGCUCACUGAGGAAGGCAGCCAGUUGCUGCCCAGACUCUUUGCAAGACUUGAGCACCCAGCCUUUUAUUUUACUGGCCUAAAGGUCCUGUAUGCCUGUUGCCAUGUCAGUCAGAACCUUUGCUAUCUUGUAGCAACUCAAGAAGUGCUGAGUUCCCUGAUCAACCAUCUGCAAGGCAAGGUUCCAUUGGAUAAACAGGCACAAGUACAGGCUUAUGAAGCUUCCUUGAGACUUCUUUCUCUGUUGCUUCUCCAGUUGCAGAGUCUCCCACCACAGUCAGAUACUGUGCUGAAAGAGACCACAGAGCUUUUCAACCAUGUAGCAGCUACCUCUGUUUUAAGUGCUGCAGGACUGCUACUGACCCUCCUCAGCCAGUAUGGUGCUGCCAUGAAACUCAGGCGAGAUGAGGCCUUUGCAGCAAUAGCUACUGCGCUCACAGAACCUGCACAGCCAUUCCUGACACCUCCCAUGGAAGCUGGUUUCUACGAUGGGCUCAUUCUCUUGUUACUGCAACUUUUAAGCCAGGAGGAUGCAGCAGUGGUACGAGAAUUCACUGGGUCAGACCUUUGGAGCAUUGUGUGGCACCGCUUUGCCAUGGUGCUCCACUUGACCAAUGGGGCACCAGUAAUGGAAGGUGAGACCCCAAGAGUUGGCCAGCAUGUACCAGAGCCAGAGUGGGACCUCAUCUCACCCCAAGGAACAUCGCUCUUCCUCAGCCUUGUUCUUCACAUCUUCCAAAGAGAACCUCAUCAGUGUCUUCUCCAGCUGGCUCAGCCCAAUGGAGUUAUCAUGGCAACCCUCAACAAACUGCUCAGCCUUGACUACUUGGAGAACUUGGCACAGAUGCAGAUGCGAGAGAAUGGUGAUCCAGAGCUGGUGUCUGCUGUUGUGCUCCAAGUUUGCCAGCUCUUCUGUUUCCCCUUUGCACUGGACAUACACCCUGAAACCUUAGAGCUGAUCCUGACGGGUUUGAGGGAUUCUGAGAUCCCUGCUCAGUUGCUCCAGGUCUGCGUUCACUGCCUUCCCUUCUUAGAUACUGAGCUGCCACUGAGUCUUUUGUGCCACUUAGUGCUGACUGAUGAGAGAGUCAUUGAACAAGUGAUGAGGAUGGCUGCCUCUGAGCAUGCUAUUGACUUCUUGUCAUCCAUUUUGCUAUCUGACCAGGUAGCCCUCAUUGUAGACUUGCUCUCACUGCUCACGCACGCAGCCCGUGCUGGCGCAACCCAUCUGCCUUUCCUACAGCAGUUUCUGUGUGGCUCUGAUCCUCAACCACUAAGUCGUCUUUUAUGUCACAAGGAGCACUUAGUCCGUGCCAGAGCCUGUAGCCUUGUGGGAAACAUUUUGUGUCAUGGACAUGACUUUCCUCAGGUACUGCAGGGCCAAGUUGGGCUGUUGGAAUGUCUGCUGCAACGUCUUUCAGAUGAGGAUGAACAUGUGCGCCGCUCAGCCAGUUUUGCUGUUGGGAACGCAGCCUACCAUGCUGGACCCUUUAUGCAGCCCCUCACCAAAGCUGUGCCUUGGGUCGUCCGACUCCUGGGCGAUCCUGUGGCUAAGACUCGUUGCAAUGCUGCUUCCGCGCUGGGAAACUUGGGCCGGCAGUCAGUGGAGCUGGGCAACUUGCUGAUCCAGAGCAGAGCCCCUGAUCUUCUGUUGGAUAUGGCCUGCCAUGACUCCCAGCCAGCUGUACAGGAGGCAGCACUCAUUGCCCUCCGAUCCCUUGGCCAGCACCCCAGGAUCCACCAGGUGCUGGUAUCGCUCAAAGCAAGUGAGAAGCUGGAAAUGCUUUCCCAUAAGGAGUCUCAAGCUUCUGCCUUUAGCAGCCGUCCUUCAUCGACAAAACACUGCAAAAAACUGAUCCACCUCCUGCAGCCCACGUAGAGCGCCUGAGAACUGAACCGUCCUUUCAGGUGCUUAAAUGCAGUGGGAGUGUAAUCUUCCUAACUGGAGUUAGAAGCCAUCGGUUCCUCAUUUAGAAUAAGAAACCCAUCCUAGAAGCCUUCUCAAAUCGACAGGCCAUGUGUGAAUCUUAUCCAGUGUCUUCUCCUCAUUGUGAACCAGCCAGAAAAGCAUGAUAAGUUAAGAUUCUUACCUGAACAGGGAUGGCAAUGCUUUCAUCCAUGUCUGUGACAUUUCUUCUAGCUUUGGUGAAUUUGCACCUUGGAAUAGAAGAAUGCCAUCCCUUCAGCUUGAGUCAGGCCAAUGGGCAACUGGCAACCAUCUCUGCUCCAAAGUGUGGGAAGAGAAACGAGGGCAGUCUUCCUUUCGUUUGCUUUGAGUUUUGUAGAGCUACUUGUGGGGCAGAAGCUAGCAGCACUUUGUGUCUUUUAACUUACUCUGUGCUGUAUGCUCCCAUACUAUGUCAUUUGUGUAUCAAAGGUUUCAGCUGCUUAUUGAUGAUGACCCUACUAGGACUCCAGCCUAGCCUGCUUGUCGUUAUAUUUGCUAUUGCUUAUUUGUAUUUAAAACAGAUUUUUUCAGAAAUGUGCCUGCUCGUCUGUGUGUCCUAAAAGGUGUUUGAGACAGCCAAAAUCACACUGAUUUCGGAUCUAUAAUAAAAUAUUGUAUAGAAAGAAA